GUGAUGAUACCCGCCAGUCCACCACCCACAGCUCGCACCGAAAAUGGUCAUCGCUUUGAGGCAUAAUCUGGAUGAAGAUUCACCAAAUUCCUCCAUCGCACAGCGCCCGGUCUCGAUCAAACGUAUCAUCGCUCUCCAUCCCCGCGAGCGGCUUUUCGUUCAGCCCUUGCUCUGGACCAACCGACAGCUCGCCCUGCUUGGUUGUCGAAUCCAUGUUAGGGACGAAGCCAGUUGCGGAAGCGGCCUUGGGGUGGUGCCGCGAGACUGGCCCGCUCCGAAGAAUGGCAACCGCGUCGACGGCAAGCUCCUAUCUCUAUUGACUCGUCUUCGGAAACGCCAACCAAUUGCAGAUGAAUUGGAAGAUACUGUUCGCAGGCUCCUUCGAUUAGCCUCCGGCAGCGUCUUAUUGAAGCCGAAUCGCGUAGCCAGUCUUGAGUUUGAGGGGCGCUCAUGUGCCAGCUUUCCGUACUGUCGCAUAACUGCCGGAAAUGCUACUUUUGCUUUGUUUGACGCACAUGACAUUGCGCAAGAACGCUACCGCCUUUUCAAGCCACCUCCCACCAAAUUCGCCGCCAUGGAUCUGCCCGGAGUACAACGUUGUAACCGGCUCUUGAAACGUUAUAUGCCCACCGAGCACGAAAAAGAUCCAUAUUUGGUGGCUUUUGUCAUCGCUCUUGCGCAACAAAGUCGGCGUCACAUGAUGCAGCAGGAGCCGGCCCUGUCUGCUGUUACGGUCCGGAUCCUCUUCUCAAGCAAAAGGUCCCCGAUAUCGUUCAACACGUUUGUGGCUCAUGUACCAGUCACCUUUCUUCACAAAUUAGAUACUCCAGCCCAGGAGCCACCGCUUGGCUCCGAUCUCGACAUCCACCACUGCCGUGUUUCGCUGGAGCCCUUUGAGAAUCUUCCGCACCGUCUUCUCCAUUGUCUGGCACGGGACUAUGCUGAGAAGACACGAGGACAAAACGAGUAAAGUCGACUUUCACCCCAGUGCCAGUUUUCCCUUGCCGGAGAGA